AUGGGUGUAUCAGACAAUCAGUAUAUAUUUUGGAGAUUUUGUGUCCUUACUGUGGCUUCCUGGUUCGUACUUCCGGUUUACAGCCAGGGUUUCCAUGGAGCCGGUACGCAGUCACACAUGCACGUGUCUCCCUCGAGGUACGGCGCCGUAAAUCCUUCCGCGCCUUCCGGCCAAAUUAUUCAGAAUUCAGCUUUUCCAAAACAAAACAGUGUAAAGUACUCGGCAAAACGAAACGCGACAAAACCCGGUCUUUGUCCGUCUGUUGUUUUGAUGACGUCAAAGAAAUGCCCGGAUGCUUGUGGAGAUGAUAAUGACUGCGCAGGAAUGACAAAAUGUUGCCGUAAUGGCUGCGGUAAAAAAUGCACAGAGCCGGAAAUACCAGCAAUCAGUCCUGUGAGCUCGGCGCCAACUGAGCAGAUCUCAAAUAAAUCUGAAAUAGCUCCAGUAGUCGCCUCGUCUCAAAUGAACAGUUCACAUGUUUACUCCAAUAAUACUCAAAGUACUGAAGCGCCACCUAACAGUGGACCCAAUAAUCAACAGAAUCAAUCAACUAAUGGACAUCAAAAUAUUAAUCCGGUUGGGGGACCUAGUUUUAAUAAUCACAACACGAACAGAGCAGACUUUAGGAAUGGACCCAUUCCAUUUAGCUUCCGCCAAGUUUCGAAGGGCGGAUCUAAUUCAAACGGUCCGGGAGGAGAAUAUAACAAUCAAUACCCUGCGUCAAGCAAUCUACCUCCAAACCCCAUUAACAGGGAAAUUCCAAACAACAAUUUCAGAGGGGGACCUAGGAAUCAACCGUCUCCUGAAUUAGGAAAUUCCGCAAGAAAUUUUAACAAUUAUCCACCUGGUUCUGAUGGAAUGCCAUACAAUAGCAAUUAUAAUGGCGGAUUUCACAACCAACAACAAGGAUUCCAGAACUUUGUUCCAACGGACGUGUCAAGCACCAUAUCACCUAGAGUUAUGGGAGGUCAAAAUCAUAAUAUGAAUAUAUAUAAUGGACAGCCUCAAUACAACAAUCCAAACGAGGCUCAACAGGGAUAUCAAUACAAUAACUCUCCGAUGGACGCUUACAAUCCAGUGGGCGGAUAUGACCCUACAAACACACACAUUAAUCAACAGGGCACACCGAGUCCUCAGUUUGACUCUUACAAUAACCCACCACAAGGGCAGGGAGGACCUAAUCAGUAUUCUAAUUCUUAUCCUGUUGGUGCCUCUUCUGUUCAAUCAGGUCACCAGUAUAGCGACCCUCUCGGCGCAACAAAUACUCACCCAGGUCCUCAAAAUAACCAGCAUGUUAACUCAUUAGGAGAAACAAAUUUCCAGCCAAAUUCUCCAUAUAAUCAGUAUCCACACCAUGUAGGCGGAUCAAAUGUCCAGCCAGGUCCUCAAAAUAAUCAUUAUUUUAGUCCUGUUGGUGGAUCCAAUACUCAGCCAGGUCCUCAAUAUAACCAGCCCUCUAACGUUGUCGGCGGAUCAAAUCCUUCAAACAACCAACAUUCUUUUCCUGUGGGCGGAUCAUACAAUGUGCCUCAUGAUACUCCUGGUAAUUAUCCCGGCUUUGAUACAUCUGUUGUAGGAUCAAAUCAUCAACCAGGCCCAAGGAGCGGAUCUAAUGCUGCUACAUAUAAUCAGCCGCAUAAUCAGGCUCCAGAAUUUAUUCAAAAGAGUCAACAGAAUCUCGCAUCUAAUUACGAACCAGAAAGCGGAUCCAACCAAAACGUAGCAUCUCAUUUUCAACAGGGACCUCCGCGUGUUGAGUAUAACAAUCAGUACGACCCUGAGAUAGCUAGAAUGAACCACCACGGAAGUCAACCAGGAAUUCCAUAUGACAGCCCGUCACAGUCACAAAAUACGUACAAAGGUCAAAGUCCACAUCAACAACACCAAGUUGGCGGAUCUAAUAUCCGAUAUGAUAAUGCUCCCAGUAGACAACACCUUCAAAGCCACCAAGGAGUCGGACCCAAUAGUAAUAAUCGUGGAUCUUACAGUGUUCCUCUGUAUCAGACAACUCCUUUAUACGACGCUCGCGAUGUUUUUUGCCCCAAGCCCCGAGGCGGCGGUGUCUGUCAAGAUGAUUGUUAUUCAGACAGUGAGUGCAUGACCGGAAGGAAGUGCUGUUCUAACGGAUGUGGGAGAAUGUGUAUGGUGCCUGUGUUCGUAAGAUCACAGCCAAUUCGUACUGCCCCCGAAGCGAUCCAAAUACCAUUGAAACAGGAACACCAAGUUCAGGGUAAUGCUAUAAAUAGCAUUGAUCCCCACUCAUUAAAUCUAAUUGAAAUCCGCCCCUACAGCGUUGGAGAGUCACACAGCGCUGUACAGAUUCUUCCGUACGAUCACAGUGGCGGCCAUUACGAUGUAGGUCACGAGAAUACUAUAUAUAACGAGCUGGUCAAUGGGCCGCCUCAGUACAGUGAAGCGUAUACAAGUGAACCUCAAUAUAUUAAAUCGGGUUUGGGCAGAGGCCAUACUCUGGAUGGACUUCAAUCAGAUAAAGCAAACGUCCUUCCGGGAAGCGCCGUGAAGUUGAAGCCAAGCGUCUUCGGAAGUUACAAGAUUCUUCCGUUUAACAUGGAGAAAAUAAGAAGACGAAAUUCUGGAAUAAGCAAUCAAUCCGGAGGUAUACAAAACUAUGGUCCGGAAGUUCAUAAGUCUCAAUCGUUCGAUGUUCGGAAGCCGGAGACCAAACAGAGAACCCCUCACGUAAACUCAGCAAAUAAAGGACAAAAAGGCAUCGGUUCUGAACCUUGGAACAUGGGUCCAAAAGUUCAAGGAGGUCAAAGGACAUUUAAACAAUCAAGACCUAAUGUGCAAUCACCAAAUGCCAGAAUGGAAAGACACGAAAAUUUAAAAACUGAGCAACAAAAUACAAGAGAGCAAAACGAACCUCAGAGAAAAAUUAAACAGUAUCCUGAAGUUAAACGUCCCCAGAGAACGCUGCCGAAUCGCCUUGGACCGGAAGUGAACAACGAACAGCAAAGAACCACAGCAGGUGUGAUACCAAUGGUUAAUCAGAAUAAACCUUCUGUGGUUGGACAAAAUGCUGGAGGAGGGAAUGUUGUAAGAAAAACGAAUCCAAACACAUUUAAAAUCCGAGAAAGUCGAAAUCAUAAUGGGGCCCUCAAAAUUACACCUUUAGAAACUAAAAAAUUCGGAUCACAAAGUAUUCAAGCUUCUAAUCUGAAGCCAGUUGAGAAAUCAAUAAUGCAAAAUUUUCAACGCGAUCAUCCUAUGGUGGUCAAAAAAGAGGGACCAAAGAUCAAAUAUACGCCGACAAGGGAGACAAAGAGCACUGGCCGGCCAGAGUCUACCUAUGCCGGUCCUCAGAAACCCAGUCCGGCUCAUACACCAGACAUAAACCAGAGCCCGAGUACAGGCCAUACGCCAGGUAUAUACAGGAGCCCGACUCCCGGACUAACACCCAGUAUCAACAGGAGUGGUAACCUACGACUGACCGCCACAGAGGCACCCGUCAGGGACCCAGGAGUUAACCAGAAAGGGGAGAUGAAUCUACAAGGUCCGAAAAAGAGAGAUCCAAGUCACACAGAUCCUGUCAAGGAAGCCGCGCUAGAAGGACCAAACAUGAAUCUGAAUCCUGUGAAUUCCAUCGAUUACAAAAACGGCUAUAGGAAGAAUGUUCAUGAUCCGAUGGUUGGUCCGUCUGCUCCUCAGGAAUUAAACCCCUCGAAUCAGUUUGAGGCAGGAAUGAUCCGCCCGAUGCCAAAAUCAGGAGGCUCCUUCAGUCUCACAGGUGGCGGGAAAGAUCCAGGAAGUAACAUGUACACCGGAUCUGAACCACUGCAAUACAACGCAGCUAAUCUAGGUAUUAGUGAUUACGGUCAUCCAAAAGCAAGUGCUUUUGAGUCUCAGCCAAUAAGACGCCAAUGGUUAGGUCAAAGUUUAUUAGGUCAAAGUCCAAUGGGUCAAAGUUCGAGUCAUUCCAUGCUGAGCAUCAGUAAGAUCUAUCACGACAUAGGUCACAGCCGAGCUAUCAUGGAACCGCCUAAACCAUACGAAUUCAGCUCGGAAUUCAGACUGAGAGUCACUGAAAGGCCGAUCCCGACUUAUCGUCCACCCGUGAACUCCCUCGGUCAGGUGUAUAUCGACAUCGCAGGAUUCUCGGACAAUUCAUUAAAAGCUCCGCAUAAUCCCAUGAAGCUUAGUUCAGGAGUACCGGGACAUAUUCCGGAAAUAGAAACAACAACAACGCCACCUCCUGAAAAGAGCACUGUAAAGGAAUCGCUUAUCUCUAACACGACAGAUAAAGUUAUAUCAAACUUACUCCUGAAAAACCCAAAGCCAACAAAGAGCGAAAAGCCCGAAAAUCAGCAAAAAUAUAUUCCAGCCGGAAUGGUUCUUGCCAGAGGUGCUAAUGAAUCACUUCCUGUUUCCGAUCCAAAACCGUCUCCGUCUGCGCCAAGACUCGGAAUCAGCUCAACGUUGAUUGGGUCCGCGCCGGUAGCGCCAUCAGCGGAUAUAGACAGCAGAAUCGUGAACCGUGAGGGAUUUAAUCUGUUCACCGGGUACAAGCCUCAGUACCGAGUUCCCGUGAAGGAAAUUCGGAACCCGUCCCUGAGAGGAACGCCUGUAUUUAGCGCGAGAUCCCAAAAGAAGGGCUAAGGCCUUAUUACAUCAUUAACUUUGGAGUUCAAAGUGUCGUGAUGGAAGUCUUUUAUGCUGAACAAGACAUGUUUCGAGUAGGCAUUUUUUGAGUGUCGGUUGAGUUAUAAUGACAUUUUUUGUACUUUCUUGGAAAACAAGAGCGUGAUGUAUGUAUUUCACUCUGUGUAAGCUAUACUGAUGACAAAUCCCUUUUAAAGAAGGUUUAUGUACUUAUUUAUUCUAACUUGAAGUUGAAUUAGCUUCUAUGACUAGGUACUAUGACUUUUAUUUUCACUU